GCAAAAGCUCCAUAUAUGAGAAUGUUGCAAGAAGAAGAAAAAGAGCCCGCUAGCCCGGGUGCCCAAUUGAUGCAAGCGCCGGGCUUCAAUCUUUGCAUACUAGCCAUCUUGGGUUAUAGGACAAAAAUCAAUGUCGACUUAUUCAAAGAAGAGAUCAGUCGAAACCUAGCUAAGCAUACCCGAUUUUCUUGUUUGCUGCUUGUUAGUGACAAGCAAAAAAACUCCAUUGAUGAGAUGAAAAUGUCACAAGGAGAAGAGAAAGAAGAGCCCGCAAGCCCGGGAGCUCGUUUAAUGCAGGCUCCGGGCUUCGAUCUCUGCAUAUUAGCCGCCAUGGGUUAUUCGACAAAGAUCGAUCUCGACUUGUUUAAGAAGGAAAUAGGGCAAAACCUAACUAAACAUCCUCGAUUUUGUAGUUUGAUGGUCGCCAAGAACAAAAAGUUUGGCACGUUUUCAUGGCAACGUACAAAAGUUGACUUGGACAAGCACGUGAUUGCCCCCGAUUUGGAUCCCGAUAUGGAAAACCCGGACGACUUCAUAGACAACUACAUAUCGAGUCUUUCGACUAGCCAAAUGACCCACGAGAAGCCGUUGUGGGAAGUUCACGUGCUCAAUGUGAAAAACUCGGACGCAAAUUCUACCGUUGUAUUCAAAAUCGACCACUCCAUUGGGGAUGGCAUUUCCCUAAUAUCGCUCGUCAUAGCUUGUGCUCAGAAAAAAUCCGAUCCUCAAUCUUUGCCUCCAAUUGCAACCAAGAAACGUGAAAAAGUCGCGAAAAAUAAUGGAAUGAUGAUGAUGAUGAUGAAGAGGUUGUUUGUCUUGGUUUGGAUAUUUUUGUUGGUUAUGUUCAACACGUUGGUCGACUCGUUGUCGUUUUUGGCGACCAUUUCAUUUUUGAAAGACACGAACACGGUGAUUAAAGCUUCGGGUAAUGUGGAAUUGUCUCCCAAGAGAUACGUGCGCCGGAUUAUCAGCCUCGACGAGGUUAAAUUUGUCAAGAACGCCAUGAAUGUGAGCAUUAACGAUGUCGUACUUGGAGUCACCGAAGCUGGCCUCAACUGUUAUCUGAGCUCGAGAUACGAAAAACAGAACCAAAAUGACGCGAAAAAUCCUAAAAAGGGCUAUAAUCCUCUGCCCAAAAACAUCCGCCUUAGGUCGGCAUGCAUUUUCAAUCUUAGGCCAUGCGCAAAACCGGAGAUGAUGGAGAAGGAGAAACUGCUGAAGGGAAUGUGGGGAAAUAUAGUCGGAAUUGUCGUGUUUCCGCUAAGGAUUUCCCCUGAGGACGACCCCUUAGCUUACGUGCGUAGAGCUAAGGCAACUAUGGAUAAAAAGAAACUUUCGCUCGGCCACAAAGUCGCGUUUGGGUUUAUGAAGCUAAUGAUGUUUUUGUUCGGAAGCAGGGUGACGGCCCGCGUGUCGACUAGAGUUUUCCGGAAUACGACGUUGAGCUUCUCGAACGUGGUGGGCCCACGAGAGGAAAUAACCGUGUUUGGUCAUCCGUUGGCGUACAUUGCUCCUUCGGUUUUCGGCUAUCCUCAGGGACUGGUGAUACACUACCAAAGCUACGCGAAUCGGCUUGUGAUAUCCAUUGGAGCUGACGAGAAGUUGCACCCGAAUCCUCAUCAACUUUGCGAUGAUUUGGUUAGGUCUUUCGAAAGAAUUAAAGAAGCUGUAAUGAAAAAAGGGCUUGUUAAUGGAUCUGAGUUUUGUUGAGAGUGUGUGAAGGUUUAUGUUUUAUAUUUGGAGGUAACAAAAUAAGGGUUAAUUUGUUGAUGGCUCUGAGUUACGAUGAGUGUGAGGUUAAUGUGAUUUAGAGUGAGAUUUCUUGUUCUGAUUUUGUGUUAUAUUUUGGGUUUCAUUACAUUGGAUGCAUGACACACGUUUAUGAUAAUAUUAUAUUUGUACAUGUGUAUGUAUAGAGUAUU